AUGCUCCGAAGAUACAGCGGUAUAAAGCCAUCCCAUCUCUGGGGUAGGACCUCCUUGAAAGACUUCCAUCACUACAUAAAAGAACGAAUAUCAGCUAUCGCUUGGGAAGAAAGAAAUAGGAAGAGUGCCUUACAGUUAUUCGCAAUAGGACUCGGCUCGGGUCUUAGCUUACUAUACACAAUGGGUAUUCUAUGUCCAGAGAGAAUUAUAGACGUCAUCAAGCCAUAUGAAUGUAAAACAAAGGAAGAAGAGAAACCAGUAGAGGAGAAACCUAAGACGCCAGCACCGGUGGCUAAAGCUAAGAAGAAAUGUGUCAGGAAGAAGGGCAUUGACCCGUGUCAGCCGGAACCCGAACCAGAAAUGAAACCUUGUCCCAAAAAAGAACCGUAA